UAAAAGAAAAUGCUUCACUUUGUUUUUGUAUGCAGUAAAGUUGUCACAAUACGACGGUGGGUCACAAUGACUGAUGGGUCAGAAUGACCCGAAGAGAACACAAGGGUUAAGCACCAUGGCUACUAAAGUUCUAAGGUCGAUUGCAAUCACUCUUAUCGUUUUUGCUGUUGUCAAACUUUUGUUUUUUAAUUCAGGAACAAAGAGGAAUAACAUGAAGACUGUUAUUGAUCCUGGGACGUUUUGGCGAAUAAACCUUGAAAAUAAAGUAGAUAGGAUGGAUCCAUUUAAGUUGAAGGAAGAAGUGAAACCAAAGAUCAUUUCAGCUGUGCCACAAGUCAACAAGUCUGAUAGGGCUGACGCAGUGAAGAUAGUCCACCUGGAUCUGAAAGGUGCUGCACCCAAAGUGAAUUACCUAGAGCAGAUCUUUCCCCUGCUUUCAUCUCUGGGUGCCGAUGGGAUACUGUUAGAGUAUGAGGAUAUGUUCCCCUAUUAUGGAGACCUACAGAUUCUCAGAUCCCCAUAUGCAUACAGCAUGGAGGACAUUGAGAAAAUAAAGAGCCUGGCCAAACUUAACAAACUGGAUAUCAUCCCUCUUGUCCAAGUGUUUGGACACCUUGAGUUUGUGUUGAAGCAUAAGCAGUACUUUCCCCUGAGGGAGGUGAUACAGUUACCCAACGAUCUGAAUCCCCACCACCCCGACUCUGUGACCCUUGUGAAAAGUAUGGUGUCCCAGGUCAUGGCCUGUCAUCCUGAGGCCACCUGGUUCCACAUGGGGGCCGAUGAAGUUUUUGGUCUGGGGACCGGUGAAGACUCUAAGAAUUGGUUACAAGGCAACAAGGGAGGUGUUGAUCAGAUGUUCCUGAAGCACACAGUGGAAAUGGCCUGCUUCAUCUCGGAGAAAAGACCAGGGCUCAGAGUCCUGAUGUGUAUGUCUGGCCUGCAGAAUUUUGCCAUUCCAACUAUAUGGAACUAUGGGAGUUCAGUAGAUACAGAUGUUAUUGGUAAUCUGAUAUCUAGAUACGAAUCUGCCGGGUUCCAGAGUUUAUGGUUUGCCAGUGCAUUCAAAGGUGCCUCGCUUAUCAACCAGAUAUGGACACCGCUUGAACACCACUUGCAAAACCACCUAUCCUGGCUCAUCGUCAUGACCUAUAUGUUCACCAAAUACCCCUCCAUAGCUCUGAAAGGCAUCAUGUUAACUGGAUGGCAAAGGUAUGAGCAUCACACUGUGUUAUGUGAACUGUUUCCUGUUGGCAUCCCUUCCCUGGCCAUGUGUCUUCUGACACUCAAACAUGGCUCAUUUGGUGAGAAGGCACAAAUUGAAGCCCAUCACAUACUGGGCUGUAAAAUUGAAGUGGAGGAAAAUGUAUGUAAGGGAAGUGUUGCAUUCGCCGGCUCACAGAUCUACCAUAGGGUGCAUACAAUUCACACACUACUAAAGGCUGAAGUUAACAAACUCAUGGAUAACUUCUUUAUCAAAGGGGGCUUUGGUCGCUACCAGAGAAGGCAUAAUUUUGCAAACCCAAGACACAUUGAAAUCUUUCACAAUGAACUGAAAACACUGCUGGACAAGUGGGAGACCUACAUAGAAGACUUCCGUGUAGAGAUGGGGGCCAUCUUCUUUACAGAUGCUGUGGAGGAAGGGAUGGAAGAGAAUGUCAACACAGAGCUGGAUAUAAUGCGAGAGUGUGCUGAGGAUGCUGAGCGAAUUUUAAAGUUGAAUGGGCAGCCUAAGUCUCUCUAGACGUAUUGUCUGUCCCUGCUGUGUGGGGAUUGUAACACAACAAGCAUUAAUAUUUGAGGCAUAUACAAGACUUCUCAGUUUCUGGAAAUUGAUACAUAGAGUUGAAUAGACUAAAAUCUUCUCUCAUGCUGGAACUUUCCAAUGAGAUUUGUUUCUGAUUGCAGCACAGAGAGCUAUGUUUACUGUUGGUUAAAGAGUAGAGAAGUACUUCAUUGAUCCCCGGGUGGGAAAUUGUACUGGUACACCCACAAUAAAGGGAACAAUAUCAAACAAUAUACCAAAAUAACAGGAUUUAAUAUCAAAUUUAGAACUAAAAUAUACAUGAGUGCAAAUAGAAAGUGGGUAUCUUAAUCCUUACAUCCCUGAAAGUGCAAAACAUUUUCCAGCUGUGCACAGUGAUGUUUGUCUACUGUCUUUAAAAUCCUAUCACCCAUCACACAGAUUGUGGUCCAGGUAGUCAAGGGACACGUUAUCUGGAAGCAGCCUGUGACCUGUUACCAUAACCUGUAGGUUUCCA